GAAGGAGCCGCGCAGCUUCUGGGCCACCGCGGGCGGGCGACCCGAGAGCGGCCAUGGCGGGGUCUCAGCCGGACGCCGCGGACGACAGGGACAUGGACGCGUUCCUGGACAAGUUCCGGAGCCAGCCUUACCGCGGCGGCUUCCACGAGGAUCAGUGGGAGGAGGAAUUUGACAAGAUUCCCUUAUUUAUGAAGAAAGCACCAUCAGAAGUUGAUCCCAAGGAGAAUCCUGACUUGGCUUGUCUCCAGUCAAUUAUUUUUGAUGAGGAGCGAUCUCCAGAAGAGCAAGCCAAAACCUAUAAAGAUGAGGGCAAUGACUACUUUAAAGAAAAAGACUACAAGAAAGCUGUGAUUUCAUACACUGAAGGACUGAAGAAGAAAUGUGUAGAUCCUGAUUUGAAUGCUGUCCUUUAUACCAACCGAGCAGCGGCACAGUACUAUCUGGGCAAUUUUCGUUCUGCUCUCAGUGACGUGAUGGCUGCCCGAAAGCUAAAGCCCCACCACCUCAAAGCCAUAACAAGAGGUGCCCUGUGCCAUCUAGAGCUGAAACACUUUGCCGAGGCUGUGAGCUGGUGUGACGAGGGGCUGCAUAUAGAUGCUAAGGAGAAGAAACUUCUGGAAGUGCGAGUGAAAGCGGAUAAGCUGAAGCGAACUGAACAGAGAGAUGUGAGGAAAGCGAGGCUGAAAGAAAAGAAGCAGCAAAAUCAGAAUGAAGCUCUACUUCAGGCCAUCAAGGACAGGAGUAUCAGGCUCAUGUCUGAAGCUGCUGGUGAGGAUGGGGGUGCAGCCUCAGAAGGUGGAGAGGUUUUUCUGGAUGGGCUCAGCUUUGAGAACCCCUAUGGUGCCAGGCUGAGUCUGGAUGACCAGGGCAGGCUGAGCUGGCCCGUGCUGUUCCUGUACCCAGAAUAUGCCCAGUCGGACUUCAUCUCUGCCUUUCAUGAGGACUCCAGGUUUAUUGAUCAUCUAAUGGUGAUGUUCGCUGAAAUACCCUCUUGGGACUCAGAGCAAAAAUACCGCGUGGAUAAUCUGGAGGUGUACUUUGAGGACGAGGACAGGACAGAACUGUACCAGGUGCCUCCCAGAAGCACCCUGCUGCAGGUGCUGCAGCAUCCCAGGUACUUUGUAAAAGCCCUGACUCCAGCAUUUCUCAUCUGUGUAGGGGCCUCUCCUUUUUGCAAGAAUUAUCUCCAAGGGAGAAAGGUACACCGGGUAAAGUAACAGAGCAAGGCUGUGCGAGCCAGGUCCCUGCCUUGCUUUCCCACCACCUUGAACAGCUGGGGACACCAAAAUCUAGCACUUUGGUUCUGUCACCCUGAGAAUAUUCUCCCCUAGCCCAGACAGGAAGGAACUGCUGACUUCCUUGAUCUGUGGCUCCUCGAGCUCUCACUCUCCUCAGUGGGGAUAUAACUGUUUUGGGCUGUGACGUCCUGGCAGUCUGUCUCUGAAGGAACCACCGGCCACACUUGCCAUACCCACUGACUGAGUUGCUCGCAUUGGAGAGCACGUGCUACAAGAAGCCUUCGAGAUGGCCCUCCAGUGCAGUAAAGCCAACUCUGAGAAAUUCUAAAGCCUGAAGCCUCAGCUGGCCCACUUCCCAAUUGUUUCACCACCAUGGAAGGCAACUGUGUGGGGAGCUGUAUACCUUGGGGCGGCUGGAGCUGGGAAAGCCCCGGCCUGUCUCUGCAUACUCCCCAGAAACUACCAGCUCCUUCAUCCCUGCAGUGUGAGAACUGUGACAGACAGUGACUUUCAAGUUUUGUGUCUGUUUCAAACAGCCUCACAAUGUUGCCCAGGCUGGUCUCAAAUUGAUAGGCUCAAGUGAUUCUUCUGCCUCAGGCUCCUAAGUGCUGGGACUAC